UCAAUCUAUAAAAUCCCCCAUUUCCAUCAACAAAUCAGAUACUCGUUCAUCUCAAUCUUUGAUCUUCUCUACCCAUGUCGAGCACCGCCGGUCAAGUCAUCAAAUGCAAAGCUGCUGUGGCAUGGGAAGCUGGAAAGCCACUGGUGAUCGAGGAAGUGGAAGUGGCACCUCCUCAAGCUAAUGAAGUCCGUGUCAACAUUCUCUUCACUGCCCUCUGCCACACUGAUGUCUACUUCUGGGAAGCCAAGGGCCAAACACCCCUGUUUCCUCGCAUUUUUGGACAUGAAGCUGGAGGAGUUGUGGAGAGUGUAGGGGAGGGUGUGAAGGAUCUGCAACCAGGAGACCACGUUCUUCCUGUGUUCACUGGGGAAUGCGGGGAUUGUCUCCAUUGUAAAUCGGAAGAGAGCAACAUGUGCGAUCUUCUUCGGAUCAACACCGACCGUGGUGUUAUGAUCAGUGACGGCAAGUCAAGGUUCUCCAUAAAAGGACAGCCCAUUCACCACUUUGUUGGAACCUCCACAUUUAGCGAAUACACCGUUGUUCACUUCGGCUGUCUCGCCAAGAUCAACCCAGCUGCCCCCCUCGACAAAGUUUGUGUUCUUAGCUGCGGAAUAUCCACAGGACUCGGUGCCACUUUGAAUGUUGCAAAGCCUAAGAAGGGCUCAUCUGUUGCAAUUUUCGGACUUGGAGCUGUUGGGCUCGCAGCUGCUGAAGGUGCAAGAAUUUCGGGGGCAUCCAGGAUCAUUGGUGUUGAUCUGAACCCAGCUCGAUUUGAAGAAGCAAAGAAAUUUGGUUGCAACGAGUUUGUGAAUCCAAAGGAUCAUAGCAAGCCUGUUCAGGAGGUGAUUGCCGGGAUGACCAACGGAGGAGUCGACCGGAGCGUCGAAUGCACCGGAAGCAUUCAAGCAAUGAUCUCGGCAUUCGAAUGUGUUCACGAUGGUUGGGGUGUUGCGGUGCUGGUCGGGGUGCCGAACAAGGACGACGCGUUCAAAACUCAUCCCAUGAAUUUCCUGAAUGAGAGAACUCUGAAGGGGACUUUCUUUGGGAACUACAAGACUCGAACCGACAUUCCCGGGGUGGUGGAGAAGUACUUGAAGAAGGAGCUGGAAUUGGAGAAGUUCAUAACACACACAGUGCCAUUUGCUGAGAUCAACAAGGCAUUCGAGUACAUGCUGAAGGGGGAGUCAAUUAGGUGUAUUAUUAGGAUGUGAGAUUGUGGAUUGAUUUUGAGUUCUGAAAUUUUGUGUUUUGCUUUGUUGGAGGGGAACUUUCAUGUUGUUCUUGGUUUUUGUAUGCAUAUCUUCACUCUGUGAAACUAAUAAACCUCUAUUCAGAGUUUGAUGUUCA